CAAAAAUUCCCGUUGCUUAAAUCUAAUUUUGUAAAUUUUGUACUAUUGUGUAGGGUAGUAGAUUUUAUAACUAAAUUAUUAUUAGGACAAACCUUUUUUUUCAUUUGAAAUUUGGUUGCUUAUUUGUUGAUUGAAAUUAGCCGGUUUCUCUUCCUAUUUUCUCUUUCCGUUUUUUUUCCUCCACAGUAAAAAAAAAAAAAAUAUCAGCUUUAAUAUAAUAAAGUAUAAAUGAUAUAAAAAUUUAGAUAAAAAAAAAAAGGAGGAGAAAGAAAAUAAAAAAAAAAGGGUACUUUUUUUUUCACAGUUUUUAAAAAACAGCUUUUUCGAAAUACAGGAUAGAUAAAUGUCUUUUAGUAAUAAUAAUAAUGAUGAUGAUAAUGGAGAAAGUGAUAAUGAAAUGGGAAGAGCGUAUUCGACCAGUGAAGAAUUCUCCAAACAUUUGGAUAGGAAUAAUGUGAGAUCAACUACAAAUCCGGUGGAAUAUUUAGAAUUUGUUGCAGCACAAGAACAAUACGCCCCAAAAAAUUUAUCUUUACAUCAAGAUUCAUUACCUUCUUCAUCACAAUUACAACCCACAAACGAACAAUUUAUUCACAUAAAACAAGCUCCUUCUUCUAAUGUACAUUAUGUUAUAUCCCCUGAUGAUAAUCCACAACAAAAUUUAACCAAUACACUACUUAGUAAUAAUAAAAUUAGUAAUAAUAAUAUUAAUAAUUAUAAUCCUUAUUUUCCUCCAACAGAACAACAAUUACAACAAUUUUAUGAUAAUAAACAUGUCACUUAUAAUCCAUUACCUUUAUCUCCGUUAGAUGAAGUUGCUCAUAGUCCAAAUCAAGAUGAUGUCAAUCGACAAAUUUACCAACAAUCAUCGCAAUAUCCGCAAUAUCCACAAUAUUUACAAUAUUCACAAUAUCCACAAUACCAACAAUCUCAGCAACAAUCUCAGCAACAAUCUCAACAACAUUCUCAGCGACAAUCUCAGCGACAAUCUCAACAACAACCUCAACAACAACCUCAACAACAACCUCAACAACAACCGCAACAACAACCGCAACAAUCGCAACAAUUUCAACGACAUAAUAAUAUUAAUGAUAAUGAUAAUAAUGAUGAUGUCAAUCAAUCCUCAAUAGAUCAUUCGGCUGUUACCCCAUCUCCUCUUUCAUUGCCUGGCCUAUUUCUUUCAAGAAAUCGUUCUAGAAUAUCAACACCAAAGAUAGAAAAUUUGCCAAAAAUACCUAGUGCGUAUACUGCUCAAGUACAACAGAGUGAUUCCCCAUUACGUACAGAAUUUCGUAAUAGUGAUUUAGAUGGUAGCGAUUCUGACUCUUCGAAACAGAAUAAUGUUAAAAAUAUGUUGGGAGAAAUAUUAAAUAAAGAUAGAUUGUCCAAUUUUAAAGAAAGAACUCCAGUCAAAAAUACAAAUGAAUCUUUGGUGAGAUUUGAUUUUCGUAACGCUAGCGGUGAUCCUGAUGAUCCUUUAUUAAAUAACAAUGCUCAAUCUCGAGAGGAUAAAGAAGAAAACCGACCGUUACCAACUGGCUUAUUAACUGGAAAUAUAAAUAUUAACAACAACAACAACGACAACAACAAUAAUAAUUUCAACAACAUAGAUCAUACUAUAAAUAUUGUUCCACGUCAACAUUCAUCAAUAGUUUCCCCUAUUUCAAAUACUUCAAUUACUCCUAUUAUUCAAAAACCUAAUGAGAAUGAGAAUGAAAAACAAAAACAUGAUGUGAUUAAAAUUGGUCCCAAUGUAGAAAUUAAAGUUUAUAAACCAAACCAAGGAUCUAUUUUAAUGUUGAUUGCUGUUUUCGUCCUAGCUACUAUUGUAUUUAUAACAUGGAAAUUGGGUGAUUGGGGAAUUGGAAAUGCCCAAAAUAUUUACGAUGUAACCACAAAUAACGGCUUUUUAUCAAUGAAUCCUUCUGGUACAUAAAAAUAAUUCUUUAAUAUAGUAAAAUUUAAAGAAGGAUAUGUUGAUAUCACAUUCUAAUAGAAAGAGUAAAUAACUCCUUUUUUACUCCUCCUAGUGUAUAAAAUAAAUAGUCGUAAAAAUGUAUAUAGUGUAUUAAAUAUAUAUAUAUAUAUGUUUAAAAAUCAAAAAUGUUAUUAGUAUUUAAAGGUAAUACCCUUUUUUUUUUCUUUUUUUUU